CCAGUGCUGGUGGAGGGAGCAGGUGCAAUCCCGCCUCUCUUUCUCUCUCUCUCACUCACUUUUCCACCCUCCCUCUCUCGCUCUUGCUUUCUCUCUCUCUCAGCACCAUCGCGAUUGGGCAGCAGCCGUAUCUCUGGCUGGAGUAUUUGCAGCCGUAGGAUGUUGGAGCAUCUGGGUACUCGCUGGAGAGAAAAGCUUACAGAAAAGAACGAAGGCAGGAUAUAUUAACAAAUAAAAUAAGAAAAGUUCCAGGAGUGAAAAAUCAUAGACAGGAACCUUGAUGAAAAGCUGGCAUCAAAUUAAGGAUUUACAGUGAGGAGCAGCUGGCUAUUUUCAGCUGUUCUCUCUCUCUGUCUCUGUCUGUCUCCUUCUUGCAGGCUGUUCCGUCUCUUUCAGUGCUGGAAUGUAGCAAGGGAGAGUCCGUGUGCUUUAUCUUCUGCUGCAAUGACAGUCAAUAGACAGACAGCAGGACGUGAGCUGACAGCCCCUGAGACCUGAACAGAAAGGCUGGUAAGCAGAAGGAGGAUUGUGACCCCCAGUCCCUUCAGCUUCAAUUGUCAGCUGUAUUACAUUGGAUCGUCCCUGUCCUCACCAUUGGAGUACGGCAGGGGAGCAUAGGCAACAUACCAGCAAGAAAUUUAGGAGGUGCACUACGGUAGAGGCAGGCUGGCUGUGGGGUGCCGAUGGCUGCUUUUCUAGUCGGGGAAAGAAUUAUUGGGCAAUGAGCUGAGUCAGCGUGCUUGAAAUGGAGCUGCAGAGAACCAAGGAGCUGAGUGCGAGAGGCUAUGAAAGCUAAAAAUUUCUGGAGACACUGCAAGGAAUAUUGAGAGAAUCUGCGCAAACAAGAAUGGUCUCAUUUAUUCUGUAGUGGCAGUCCUGAACUGCAGUAGGAGCUACAUUCUGACUCCCCAGACAGAAGGAUUUACAGCUCAUCAGAGAUACCUAUCUAAAUUCCCUUCCUUUGGAUUGCUACAUCUUUCUUUAAUUUUUUUACUUUAAUGUGCCCUGGAUUCCUCUACUCUUCUCUACAGCACUGCUGUGCACAAUAUUGGACUGACUAAAACUAGACAGAAAGGCACACCUUGCUAUAAUUGUGCACUCACAUCCUUUGAAAUAGCCCUCUGUGUGUGAGUGUGUGUGUGAGCGUGAUUGUGUGUGUGCAUGUGUGUGAUUUUGUCUGUGUCUUGUUUCUCAAUGUCCAGUGUUGCCUGUUGCAAGUCUGCUCUGUCCUGCCCAUACCCCCCCUCCCCCUGGCCCAGGGGUUAACCCUCGCUGAGCCAGCAGGAUGAGUGAAAGCUCGGGGCCCGCUGUGUCGGGGGCAGUGAUCCUGGAGGAGCCCGAAGGGGGCGGGGGCACGGCAGGCAGAGAGCAACCCUCACCCCCAGAGCCAGGACCUCUGCGCUGUGGCAGCUGUGCCCUGUGGCCUCGCCAGCAGACCUGGCUUUGUGUUGUUCCCCUGCUGAUCGGCUUCAUUGGCUUGGGGCUGAGCUUGAUGCUGCUUAAGUGGAUAGUUGUGGGCUCCGUGAAGGACUAUGUGCCAACCGACCUGGUAGAUGCCAAAGGGAUCGGACAAGACCCCAUUUUCCUCUCCAAGCCCAGCGCCUUUCCCAAGAAUGCUGAUACGGCCACCACCAGUACUACCACCACCACCACAGCACCUGGCAGAACUCACCCUGGAGCUCACUCCACCACCACCGCCGCCACCACCACCACAGGUGGCGGCUUGACACCCCGCCCCCCCAACCGGAUCAGCACCCGUAUCACCACCACCACCACACGCGCACCCAGGCUCGUCCCUUCCGGGGGCCGGGAGGUGACGCCACGGAGCACCACGGUCCGCAAGGUGACCACUGGAAGUGGCCGGAGCAGCACGCCGCCCUCGGGGCCUGUCAGUACCGCCAUGGCAGAAGUGCCCACCUCCACCCCCUCGCCCUCUGGACGUUUCUACCUUCAUGACUCCACCCCCAAUUGGCUGGACCGCUUACCUGCCGAGAGCUCUCCUGCCGCACCCACGCGGCCCCAGGCACCAGCGAAGACGCCAGCACCUACGUACCCUCCUGAGCACUCAGAGCACUUCAAGCCAUGUCGGGACAAGGAUCUGGCCUACUGUCUGAAUGAGGGCGAGUGCUUCGUCAUUGAGACCCUAACAGGAUCCCACAAACACUGCAGGUGUAAAGAGGGGUACCAAGGAGUGCGUUGUGACCAGUUUCUGCCGAAGACAGACUCCAUCUUGUCUGACCCAACAGACCACUUGGGCAUCGAAUUUAUGGAGAGUGAAGAAGUUUACAAAAGACAAGUGCUGUCAAUCUCCUGCAUCGCAAUUGGGAUCAGCCUUCUUGGCACGCUCUGUGUGGCCUUCUAUUGUCGCAACAAGAGACAGAGGGAAAAACUACAGGCCCACCUGAAAGAGAGCCGCAGCCUGAAGAGCUACAGUGCCAACAUGUCUGGCCUCAUGUCCAAAACCAGCCUGAGGCCCCAGUGUGGCCUGCAGCUUCAGAGUUACUGCAAGGGUCAUGGGUCUUCCCCAACGUUAGGGGGCAGUGUUCGUGAAUCCAGCUUCUCUCAAAGUCGUGCUGCUCCUCCUUGUCACUCCAGAGUCCCAGCCACAGGAAAGCCCCACAGGAGCAGCUCCCUCUCUCACAGUCCAGACCAGAGAAGUAGACCCAUUCACCGAUCUGCUCCUCGAAGAACCCCACCUCUAACCAGGGGGAGACUAAAUCCCAUUGGAGGAACCAGGGACUCAGGUCCUGCCUAUCAGCACCUGCAGGAGGUGGAGCUUUCUGAGAGAGAGGCAGAGACACAGAGAGGGAACCAGUCAGCCAGGGCAGGUGGUGAUCCUUCACAGGACAUUUUCUUAAAUAUGCAACCUCCCCUCUUUGCUCCGGUGGGGGUGGGGGAGGCCAAGACUGAAGUGCAGUGCAGCCGUCUGGACAGGGCAGCUCCAGGCAGCAUUAAGGGCACCCCAUUUGGUCAUGGCACACCCCCUCCUCCAGUCCGAGCCUGCUCUAUUCCCAUCAUCCCCUCUGUCCUGGGACAAGACGACAUUUCCUGUAUGCAAAAGGGUGACAUUAGUGAGGGCAGCUGUAGUUCCAUGCCCCUACCCUGCUUGUUGAGCUCUGUAGUGGACAGCAUUCAUGGUGCGCACACCCCCCCUUCUCCAGCAGCUGUAAUAAUAGCAGGUGGGCAGCAGGAGGCAGUGGCUUUGCUUCUGGAGGCAGCUCAAGAGCAGCUCAGGGUCCUGGCACACGCUCAUAGGAAGCUGGAGGACAGCAGCCCAUCACCCAUGAUGGCAUGCGAGACAGCCUGCUUCCUGUCUCCCAUCACUGCAGGGGGAGUGCCCCAAACCAACCCCCCUGAAACCCAGCUGAUGAAUCCAAGUGAACCCCACAGAGACUCCUCCCAGCCCUGCCAGUGAAGUGGUGGAGGCUGUCCAACCCUGUUUGGACCAAUCAUAAUAAACCCUGGUGUCUUGAAACAGAACUGCAUAUGGAACUGCAGGAAAGUGGCAAGAGGACUAAAUGACUGAAAAAAAACAAACAAACAAAAAGAACAAAACACAUGCAUAAAGAGGAAAGUAUGAACAAAUUAAAGAGGGUAUGGUUGAAAACUUAUUUAAAAAAGAGAAAUUAUUUAUAUGCAUUUAUUUAAAAUGAGAAGCUUCUACUUAGAAAGGAAACCAAAUAGUCUGUCAUCUUCAUGGUGUUUUUAAUUGUAAAAAAUGAAACUAUAAAAUAAAAGGUGAGGAUGUAAAGAUGAGGAAUAUGGAAAUGUUACAAGUUUUCAUUUGUAUUAACUCCUCCACUGCUUUCAGACCCCCAGUGCAGAUCACACGUUAUCAGUCUCAGAGAAUCUGUUAAAAGAGUAUUAGAGAACCCAACACCCACUGCAUCUGACAGAAAACAGUGCUUCGUCCAUGGAAGUUCUGCUCCUGUAGCAAUAGUAGUAUCUCAAAGUAAAAUCGCAGAUUAACAAAUGGAAGAAUGGGAGAGAAAGUAAUGGUAUCUUCUUACGCUACUAGCACAGCUUCACAUACAGAUAAUAUCUUUCCUUCAGUCUGCUUCCCUGAACAGUCACUUUUUCUUUUUUUGAGAUUCUUCAGGCACCUUGGGCAGCUCUUUGGGCAACAGAUAUAGAUAUUCAGCACCAUGCCUUCCUGGCCUAGGUAGACGUGUUUAGACAUGACUGGCAUGAUGGAGAGCUGGGUAAAGAUGAAUGACUGACAAGCAGGAGUGAAAGCGAGGGCUUGAGGGCAUGGAGGAGUUUGUUUAUUUAGAAUCAGAAGAUGUCACUUGACUGAUGGUGUCUUUAAGUGAUGGGUGGAGUUCAUGACUGGUUGCAAAUGUGGGACCAUCCUCUUUUUUUACAAUUUUAGUAUGCAUAAAAAAUAGCAAAAGGACUGCAAGAUCAAUUUGAAAUUUCUCCAUAAUGCUCUACCACACAGUAAGACUUGCAUGAAUAUGGCAGUGCCUGGAGUUUCGUUUCCUGCUGCCCCCUUGAGGCAAUUUGGAGAAGAGUGCUGUAGAAACAUGGGGAGAUUUUCAAACAGUAGCGUUAAUGUUUGUGACCAUACAGUAGAGAUUUACAGUAUUAUAAGCAGGGAUUUUCAAGCAGAGUAAAUUAAACAAAUCAGUUUCAUGAUUCAUUGAUAGUCAAUGAAGUCAUUACACAAUGAACUGUAUUAAAAAGUGUGCAGGUCACUUAUAUCAUUCCCUUUGCCAAUGACUAUAUACAGUAAAUGGGGAGGUAUCAAAGGUAAAUUCCUUUCAUCAUAUUAAGUGAACUUUUCUUUCACAUGCAGCCUAGCUGGGCUGACAUGUUACACAAACUCAGAAAAAGACACUUAAUAAGUAUUGUAUUUACACUGAUACUUACAAAUACAUUCACAUACUAUCAAUUACAUGUCAACUUUGCAAUCACCUGUAAAUAGAAGUUUUAUAAUUACUGGUGCUGUUACUAUCAACUUAUCUAUUUGCAAAGUAGGCAAUGUUAUUCAGGAUAAUUUUUAAUGCUUCAGAAAUGUUAGAGAGAAGACAAUACAGAAGUAUUGAUUCUGGUAUAGCUGUAUUGUAAAGUUGUCUGAUGUUUGAUCAAAUGUUCAGUCAGCAUUAAACUAGAAUAUCUUAAUUAAUAUUGAAAUUUAAUUGUAUACUCAUAUUUUUUGCAAAAUAAAAUAAACACAGUAUGCACCUACAGUUCAGAUAAUAACGGUAUACAUCAACUGAUAAUUUAUGGGUACAAUUAAUGUCAGAUGCAAACGAGUGGUGUAUUGUUCUAGCAGUAUAGCUCACAUUUCCCAGCGUUGCUAAUUAAAAUAAAGAAAAUACAUUUAAUAGAAACCAGCAAGCUAUUUUCAGCAUAUACUGUAUAAGCUAUGGGUAUUGAAUAAUCUAGUCAGGGUUUCAACAAUUAUCUACUAAUACAUUCUCUGAAAUGAAGAUCUCUGAAAUUGAAUGCAGCAGAAUGUGUCAAAAUAUUAGAAACAAAUCAGAGAACAGGAGACCUUUGGAAUGGUUUGAAAGUAGGCAAAUAAUUAUUUCAAACCCAGAUGCACCAUAAAACUGCAUUCUGACACGAGUCUACUCCUGAUUAAGUUGAAUGCUGAAAUAGGUAAAGAUAACUGUAACAUUUUUAUCGAUGCAACCAUAACCAGAUGGACAAUGGUGGAGAUGGUAUAUUGAUUACAACUGUCCCAUCAAUUCACCUGUGAUGCUGUUAAGACCACCACAUUUUAGUAGCAGAUCCAAAACCUUCUACUGAUGCUAACAAUGGCUCUGGUAUCCAGAUUUCAAAUUGUCAUCUGCUGUAUCUACUGUAUCUAAAACCUAUGAUUAGUCCUUUUACACCCUCUCUCAGUGUUGUCGUUGUCCCUUCAAAAAUUGAAUUUAUAGAUGCAGAGGGAAUCACAGCAACUCCAUUAUUUUACUUCAUCUUAAACUAAUGCACAGAAUGUUACUCCAAGACUAGAUAACUAUCUGCAAAGGAAUAAGUGCAGAUAGUUAUAUCUGAAGGCACCUGAAGAAGGCUCCAUGGCCGAAACUUUGUGUUUUCUUUCUUGAAUUUUUAUCAAGGAAUAAACCUAUUACUUGUUCCUUUGCAGCAUAUGUAUGCUGACGCGGCUACCCACCUUGAUAUCUAUCUGUCUGUUAAUGAAAACCAUCCUUUUCCAGUAGCAAAUUAAAUGCUGAAUAAAUUAAUGUAAUUAAUUUAUCUUUAAAUCCCCUUGCAAACACAACAAAUAGUCAGCAAACUAUAAUACAAAUACAAAUUACUAAACAGUACAUCCGUAUCAAUGCAUUUUUCUAUUAAUAUAAAUCUAUGAAUUAUAAUAAAAUGUCUUCUUAAAAAAUUCUAUAAUGACCUAUUUGUUAAUAUAAAAUCUCAACUUUGGCAUUGCCAUUUGAAAAUCCCCCCUCUCUCACCUAUUCUGUACGGCUUCGAGAUUGCAGUUUUCAAAAUGCAAGAGCAACAACACCUAUACAGAAAUCAGUUUUCAAAAGUUAACAAUUGGAAAUGUGGAAAAAAUGUUCAAUCAUUGAUUGAAUUUAGUUAUUAAAGGUUCAAGUAGAAAAAAACACCAGUAGGAUUUUCAAGACCAGAGCAUAUUAGAAUAUACUACAAUUAUUUGAGCAAAAAAAUAAAUACAUUUCAAUUUGUCCAUCCAUUUCAGUGCCAAUAGUGCCAUUGAAAAACAAACUACUGGGUACCAUGAUUAUCUCUUAGCUUUGCAAUUAUUGCUGUGGAAGAUUUAAUU